GAGAACGGCUGGGAAGAGUCGGAGAAGCCUCCAGCACCACGUAAGUAGAUGGUACUCCUGCACCACGUAUGGCAUCGAUGCCUUGUUCGCCUAUUGCAAUCAUGCUAUACAGCUCAAACGUUCAACAAGCCAUGCUAACCUAUUCAUACACAAGACGCCAUCAGAACCUUCAAGGCAGGUUAGUGUUUCAAGUUCAAGAACAGCUGUCUUCCCUGCAUAUCAAAUGUACUUUUGUUCUUCGGUGCUGGAAAAAUGGUAUCUGUGCGUAUAAGUACAGGCAGAAUUGUGAAUACAAUAAUGAAAGGAAAAGUAUCUUAGUCAAGGGGCAUAUGCAUGGAAUUAUGGUUGAUGCUAAAAAGUAUGAUAAACCUCAUAUUGCAUUUGUGGAAGGUAUUUUUAAUAACACUCAAACAACAGAAAAUUUGAAACUGGCAAGCUAGUACCGGCCGAAGGAGCAGUGUUAUCAGAAAGCACUUGUAUGUAAGGAUCCGACGCUAAAACUUUAAGCUGUAGUAUAGGUAGUAUAGUAUAGGUAGUAUGCAUGAGUAGUAUGGGUAGUAUAGAGAUAUAAUUGGAAAUAUGUAAAAUAGUAUUGUUGAAAUAUAUUAAAUCUGUCUUAAUUACCUAUCUUGUUUCCUUUUCCUCCUCAUCUCUUCAUUUCCACAUCUCUCGCACGCGCACUGGGGCGGCGGCUGCGACUGCGCGGCGGGGGGCGAUGGCGUCGUCGUCCACGCAAGAUCCAUCCGAGCCACCGAAGACUCCGCGCCCCAUCUUCAUCCCGCAUUGGCGCUGGCGGCGGCCACGACUCCCCGCAUCGGCGCCGGCGACGGCCACGACUCCCCACGCCGUCUUCAUCCCGCAUCGGCGCCGGCGGCGGCCAGGACUCCCCGCCCCGUCUUCAUCUCGCAUCGGCACCGGAGGCGGCCCCGCCCUAUCUCUCUACCGCACCGGCGCCGCCCUCGAUUCCCUACCGCAUCGGCGCCGCCCUCGAUUCCCCGCCAUGUCUCCCUCCUGCAUCGGCACGGCCUCCGCGCGAGGAAUAGCCACCGGCCGGCAGGGUGGGUCUGCGCGCAACAGGCGGUGGCGGUGGCAGCCCGGUUUCGAAUUAGGAUGGGCAGUGCAUGGCACUUGUAUACGAGUACAUGUCAGAAGGCACCUACGAGAGCAGAAUGCAGGUCUGCAAGGCGUUUCAUACGGUUCUGCAACCCUUGCAACUGAAAUGGUGAAAACUCCUGCCUUGUUGGCAUCAAAGGAAAUAAACCAGCUGAAAAGGACACCAUCCUAUAACUUAAGGAUCCAUUCUAAUAAGAAAUCUUGAGCUGAAAUAGAAAUAGUCAAGUUCGGUUAGUUGAGCACGAUCUAGCAUACAGAAUUCCAGGAGUAGUACAACUUGACCUGACCAAGCUCAUGCAUUAGAGUUCCGUGAUAAGCUCAAUUUGACAAACAGCAAACAACCAAGAAUCCAACAGAUGAUCAGUUUGCAAGGGUACUGACUACUGUGGAUUAUUAUAUAUGACGAUCAUUAAAUACUGAUCUGAGCACUCUAGUUGACACUAGGAUUAGGAUACAUGAUAUAUGAUUAAAAGAAUAAAAGGAUAUCACCAGUUCGCCACAAUAACCCUCUGUGAGCACCUUAAUGGAAGAUUGGCCAUUCCUUUGGUACACCAGCUGAAGCUCCUUUUCAUCCUCUGCAUCUGCGCUACAAGCUCCCACAGCCAGUGAGUACAGGGCUACAUCCCUGCACCAGCCAAACGAACACAUAAACGCAUCAGAAAUUCAGGCCAGGAGGGGACAGGCACUGGGACAUUCGGUCGAGUAGAUGGUGAGCGGUGGCAACCUCGCGUCAUACCCGAAUGUGACCUGCACAAUGGAGGUCGAGCGGCUGAACAAUGCCGUUGUUAAUUCCGGCGGCGCGAGACGUCAGAUGGCUGGUUGAGCUAGGAGACCAGACAGGAGGAGGAGGCAUCGCCUGAAAGGAGACGAGCGCGCGCAAGAGAAUAGUACUGUAGAGUAUGUUUUAGUCAGCGGCCGAUUUUUUCUUUUUGUUAAAUUUUACACUGUUCUUGUUACAUGCAAAAAGUUGAUCUAGUUUUCUAGCAAUCAUCUACGUA